UGCACACAGUUUCGGAAAACUUCCUAGGAGGUUUCAACAUGAAACUAACUGUGGUCUGCUUAGUGGUGAGCUUCUUUCUGCUGCACUAUGCAGAACACAGUGAAGCCUGCUUGGAGGUGAUUGAGAAAGUUUUGGGUCUGGAGCCGUGCAACGAAGGCGUUCGCAAGAGACACAAGGAGCCUAAUAGGGUAAAAGUAGAACCUGUGAGAGUCACUAGGAGGCGCAAGAGAAUCAUUAAGAGAUGCGAGACUCCAAGACCAAGACAGCGCACUACCAGACUCCGGAAACAUAACAAAAAAACACGGAGGCCCAUCAGGAUCACUAAAAAACCCGUUCCUUGUCCGCGAAGGACUACUGCCAGGAAUCGUCCGCCUUGCACUGAGAAGACUACACAAAGAACAAAAGCUAAACCACCUUGCACUCAGGAGACCCGUCCACCCUGUACAGAAAGCACUACUCGAAGGACUAAGCCUCCUAGCACUCGGAAGACCCGUCCACCCUGUAUAGAAAGCACAACUCGGAGGGCUAAACCACCUAGCACUCAUAGGACGCGCCCACCUUGUAGAGAAAGCACUACUCGAAGGACUAAGCCACAUAGACCUCCUCCAGUGACAACAGCUUCGACAACCACCGAAAAACCAUGCGGAUGUCGCACUCACCCAUCUGGUUGGAAUCCUGGCGGUCCGUUAAUCCCAAUCUCUCCAAGGACUACCAAGAAACCAGACGAAUGUGGCUCGCCAAAUUCAGGUUGUAAUCCCGGCGGUCCGAUUUGGCCACCCCGAACUCCUCGAAGGCCCUGCGGAUGUGCCGCGUGGAACCCACCAGGUUGGAAUCCUGACGGUCCUAGGAUACCCACAUACCCCGGACCUUUCGGCCCCGGACCUGUCAUUCCCAACAAUCCAAACAACAGAUUUGAUCCAAAUUGCCCGCCAGGCUGCGGUGCGGACUGUCCUCUAAUACCCGUUCCCGAAAUUCCCGGAAACUGUAGGCCCAGACCUGGCAUUCCUCCUAGUGGAGAAAAUGGAUGUGGCUGCCCCACUUGAAUGCAGCCCAAAAAGAAUGUUAACUGAUUUAUUAACCAUUUAUAACCUAGUUGUUGACCAUUGAAUUAUAUUGUUUUGCACUAAA